UAAUCGCAACCUUGCCCCAGGGCUCUUUAGCGCGCAGUGACAGGUUCUAUAUAUAGCAUCCGGAUAAGGAUAGAAUUUCGCACUUGGAUGAAUGGAUUAGCUCCUGUUCCUUCAGCAACCCAAGGGAAUAAAAUAAAUGUUGAAAAAGGUAAUAAUUUACAUAUGUUAAGUUUUAACUGCUUCCUAACUUUUAAUUAUUAACCUCGUUGAGGAGAGCAAAUCUUCCUUCCUUGUUUUGGUUUCACUUUCUUUUAUUGACAACGUCCUCUCCAUUCUCAGUCUAACGAAGGUUUAGCUAGAGCUAUAAAAUAAGUAGUAACUGAUAUUAACUGGCUAGAUACUGCAGAACUGCGAGGCCUUAUUUUUAUCAAAAUGAGCUGCAACCAACCUUGCAAGGAAUCAUCAGGAAAGCUAUGGGGUGGAAGAUUUUCAGGAGAAACAGAUCCUGUUAUGGAAAAGUUCAAUUCUUCUAUCAAUGUUGAUAAGCGUAUGUGGGAAGAAGACAUCAAAGGGAGUGUAGCAUAUGCAGAGGGCUUAGGAAAAAUCAAUAUUUUGACAGUUAGUGAGGUUGCACAGAUUACAGAUGGCCUAAAAAAAGUAUCCGAAGAAUGGCGGUCAGGCAAAUUUGAAAUAAAGCUGGCUGAUGAGGAUAUCCAUACAGCAAAUGAAAGGAGAUUAAAAGAAUUGAUUGGGACUGUAGCAGGAAAACUGCAUACUGGUCGUAGCAGAAAUGACCAAGUGGCUACUGAUACCCGACUCUGGCUUUAUAAAGAAAUCCAAGUUAUUAAGUCGUUUAUGAUUUCGUUUAUUGAUGUGUUUCUUCAACGAUCGUCUAAUGAAAUUGAUAUAUUGAUGCCAGGAUAUACACAUAUGCAAAGAGCUCAACCGAUUCGAUGGAGUCAUUGGCUUUUAAGUCAUGCUUGGGCUUUUAAGGAAGAUACUGAUCGUUUAAUGGAAUUGGCACCACGUGUUAGUAUGCUUCCCUUAGGAAGUGGUGCAAUUGCAGGGAAUCCUCUUGGCAUUGAUCGUGAAUUUUUGGCUAAAACCGUGGGAUUCAAUGGUGUAACAAAGAAUAGCUUGCAUGGUUCAAGUGGAAGAGACUUUAUCGCAGAGUUUCUGUUUUGGUCAUCUCUUUUUAUGACCCAUUUAAGCAAGCUUGCAGAAGAUCUGAUCAUCUAUAACACCAAGGAGUUUCAGUUUGUAACAUUAUCUGAUGCUUACAGUACAGGUAGCAGCCUGAUGCCACAAAAGAAAAAUCCAGACAGUCUUGAAUUAAUCCGUGGAAAAGCUGGUCGCAUAUUUGGUAAUUUUUCAGGAUUUAUGAUGACAUUGAAAGGUCUUCCAAGUACUUAUAAUAAGGACUUACAAGAAGAUAAAGAACCCUUGUUCGAUACUGUUGAUACUUUAAAAGGUGUCUUACAAGUUGCUGCUGGCACUUUAAGCACGCUCACCAUUCACAAGGAUAAGUGUCUAGAUGCAUUAAGUCCUGAUAUGUUAUCAACUGAUGUUGCUUAUUAUCUGGUACGAAAAGGUGUACCCUUUCGGGAAGCUCAUGGCUUGGCUGGUUCAGUUGUGCAACUUGCUGAAAAGAAAGGAGUUGUCAUGAAUGAAUUGACAGUGGAAGAUCUUAUCACAGUGAGUCCUUUGUUUGGAGAACAUGCGAAAAAAAUCUGGGAUUAUAGUUGCAGUGUUGAUCAGUAUGUAUCAACCGGUGGAACAAGUAAGGCAGCAGUCAUAAAACAAAUUCAGGAGUUAAAGAUGUGGAUUGAAAUGCAAUAAAGACCUUUUUUACAUUUAUUGUUUUUUGCAUAUAUAGUUUAUUAUAUUAGGUUCAUUUUACUCAUGUUUGUCACUUCACUCUAGUCCUUAAAGUAUGCUUUGCUUAAGUUUAAUGUACUUUUACUUUAAACUUUUUUUUGAUGGAAACAUUUUUUAAAUGGCUUUUAAACUCACACAUAAAAACUCAUCAUUGUAGAGUACAGUUCUAUUGCUGUAGAUAGGACAAAAGUUACAAAACAUUUAUAUAUAGUAAUAGCUGAAAAUAUAUACAAGCAUGAAAUGAAAGUAGAACACAUAUAUAAUAUAAGCAACAACAAAGCCAAGGUAAUAACACAUCUCUAUAUAAUAUUAAUAAGCGUGAACAAAAUAUAUAUAUACAUAGCAUAGCUCACAACGUAAAAUAUGUGAAAACAUAGAGGUAUAUAUAAUAGCAGCAGGGAGGGAGGAGGAAGAAAAACUGCUAGAACUGAAAAGGAAAACCAUGAGGCAACUGCAGCUUAAAUACUAGCAAGACUGCUGACCAAAAAUAUGCUGCUGACCAGAAAAGGCACAUAGGUAAAUGGUGAACUAACUAUGGGCAAUACAAACCAGAGUACUGUAGGAAGAAGAUCUAUAUAUGUGUGCAUUUAAACACUCAUAAAUAUAUAUUUAUGAGUCACUUUAAUCAGUAUUUUUAUUGAUUUUUUUAAGGGAAAGCUUUGGAUUUGGAAAUGUAUUUCUUUUUGCUUAUUUCAUUUAUCAUAAAUAUAUUUCAUGCUAAGUUAUUUUAUGUUGGUAAUGCAAUGCAACCUUGUUUUCUGUCAUCAUCAUCAUUCUCGGCUUAACGUCCGUUUUCCAUGCUAGCAUGGGUUGGACGGGGUAUAUUAAUGACCCUCUUCCAAUCUGAUCUAGACUGUGUUAGAUCUAAGCUCAACUUCCUCUCUAUCAAGUCUGUCCUUAUAACCUCCUGCCAAGUCUUUCUCGGUCUGCCUCUGGGCUUUGCCCCAGGAACUAUCAAGUCUCUACACUUUCUUACCCAAUUAUCCUCCUCCAUUCUUUCCAAGUGCCCCAGCCAAUUCAAUCUUCUUAUCUGGAUAACAUCUUUAAUUCUACAGAGACUUAGCCUGCUUCUUAGCUCAUCUGAACUCUUUCUGUCUCUCAGACUGGCAUUACACAUCCACCUAACCAUUCUCAUAUCAUUCUCUUUAUUAAUGGCCGUAAGAAAAAUCUGUGUGAUUGGUGAUUAAAUAAGUUCUGUAUUGGAUUCAUUCUUGCAUUGAAGGGUUGGAUUAGCAAUUCACAAUUUGCAAAUAGAAAUGCUGUUUUAAUAAUCAUUCUACAAAGGAAAUUUUAAAACUGUGAGUCGCAUAUUUUCAUCGAUCGUUUGUAUCACCUGUUUCUAUAAUGGUUGUUGCAACAAAAUAAAAAUUAACAAGGGAUCAAGAGAUUUUUUUCUCUAUUGUCAGGAAUUUUUUUGAAAAGUGAUUUUAUAAUUUUGAUUCAGUAUUGUCCUAUCUCGCGUUUGUUUACAGCAUGCUUGCUAUUUUGAAAUAAAAUGUUUUAAUAAUCAUUCUACAAAGGAAAUUUUAAAACUGUGAGUCGCAUAUUUUCAUCGAUCGUUUGUAUCACCUGUUUCUAUAAUGGUUGUUGCAACAAAAUAAAAAUUAACAAGGGAUCAAGAGAUUUUUUUCUCUAUUGUCAGGAAUUUUUUUGAAAAGUGACUUUAUAAUUUUGAUUCAGUAUUGUCCUAUCUCGCGUUUGUUUACAGCAUGCUUGCUAUUUUGAAAUAAAAUGCUCACCUUAAAUUACAUAACUGCUUAUAUGCUUUUUGAGGAAUACCCACUACAGUUGUCCAUAAUAGAGAUUUAUUAUCACUUUACCAUAAAUUUACAUAACCUUUAAAUUUUUAAAUGUAGAAUUUUGCGAAAAUUCUUUGUGUAUAUAUAUCACAAGUCCCUUAAAUUGCAUUACCAGAUUCUGUGAUGUUUGAUUAUUAAUUCUUUGUUUUGCAUGCAGACUUUGUUAUGAAUUGUAAGUGAGUGCAUUUUUGUAUAUGAAAUUCCUCAAUAUUUAAUUGCUUGUGUGACUUUUUAAGUUUUGCUCUGUAGUUUCAGUUUGAGUUGAUUUUUUACUGUCAAAAUAUAUGUAAGAUGAUUUGUA